AUGGACUCUCUGCGCUCGCGGCCGUCUCAGGCACCCAGGAAGGGAAAAUCUCCCGCCAAACUCUCCAAGGGCGGCGGCGACCCAAUACCUCGACCCAGAACGACUCGUGUCGAUGAUAAAAUCAAGAAGCGCAUGUCUAUGCGAUAUGCUGAAAUAUCCAGUCCGAUAGACUCUGGGAGCAUCCCUGCGAUGCCUAGUCUUGCGGGGUUUCUCCCAGGCGGCCAGCCCAGCGGGGGAGUUCUGUACGAUGAACCGGACGACGCGACGAGGCAACAGGACGCUGCUAGAAUAGCUGCUGAAGACAAGAGGAUCCUAAGCUCAGAUGACUUUGAUCCAGAUGCAUUCUUGAAGCGGAAGCUCGCCAACUCUACAGAGGCUGAACUUCGCUCCCUACAAUCAUCUCUUGAGAAAGCAAAAGAGGAUACUGCGUCGGACUUGCAACGCAGUGUGUUCAAGAACUACGCCGAAUUCGUCCUUAUUUCUAAAGAGAUCUCUGUUCUGGAGAACGAGAUGUUAGAGCUCAAAGAACUGCUGUCCGACUACAAAUCGAUGCCCCAAAUGCUUCAUAUACCCGAUCCAACAUCUGUCACUUCCUCCACCCUCUCAACCUACAAACGGUCUUCCGUAGCCGAUCUCCGAGUCCUUUACUCCAACCAGAUGCACGCGCUACACACCUCCAUCGAAGGUGCCGCGAAAUUCGUCCCAACAACCCCCGGCCGCCAUGUCGUUGGCGAAUUCGAGAAUAUCCUCAGCCUCAACGCCGCCACCUACAAGAUCAUCCACAAGGUUAAGUUUGUAGUAUUAGACGAUGCCGUUUUGGUCGCUAGGCGGAGAAGGCGCAAUGCUGGAGGAGGAGACGCGGCGGGGACAACAGUUAAUGAAGGAAAGUUAGUCGCGGAGAAGUGUUGGGCUUUAAAUGAAAUGAUCGUUCUCGAUACCAAGGAUUCAUCUAGUAUGACUAACGUCUUCAAGGUGCGGAAUGGGAAGGAAACACACGUUUACCGAACCGAAACCGCCCAAGAGAAGAAGAGCAUACUUACUCUCUUCCGACAAGUAGCUGAAGAACUACAGACUAAACGGAGGAAAGAACGCGAAGGCGAGCAUGAGCGGAGGAAGAGCAUGUGGCAAGGCAAUGCAGCUGGCGGACGCAAUUCCCCUGUUCCUCCUUUGCCCGAAUGGAUGGCUGAUCUGGCUAGAAGAGGGGGCGACAUUCCCAAUGUGGCGGCAGACGCAAAGGCGAAGGCUGAGCGGGAUGCUCGAUGGGUUGGGGAUUGGUCGGACAACCUCACUGUUGCCAUUGCUCUGAAGGAGUGGAAUAAAGCGGUACAACUGGUGGAAGAAGGCCAAGCUCGCGCAGCAACAAUGCCUCCUCUCGCCGCCCGAUUACCUGCUCUAACACAACAACUAACCCAAUCUCUUCUCGAAUCCCUGUCCCUCCCUUCCAAUAGGAAAUCAAGCACAGUCAACCUUAUCUCCCUCUUGAACAGACUCAAAGCCGGAUCGGCCGCGCGAACCACCUUCCUUGAAAUGCGCGGCAAAGUCAUCCACAGUCUCAUGCGCAAGAUCCCCUUCGAAGGACAUGUGGGCACCUACAUAGGAGAGCUCGCUGUGGUUUUCUUUACCGGUAUCAAACACACGGCAGACUGGUAUCUUGCGAGUUUCAAGGAGAACGAGGUGGCGAGCUCCUUUAUCACCUGGGCAAAGCAACAAAUCGAGAAAUAUGGAGAGAUUUUCCGCAAGCAGGUGUACUCCAAGGACGUCGAACCUCAGAUUGUGGAAGAAUCAGUUCAAAUCACGCUUAACCAGAGCCGGAAGCUACUGGAAGAAUAUGGCCUAGAUUUCAAGUUCCUCUUGAAUAGCAUUCUCGUGGAGAACCCGAAGCAACCUUCAAGUGCAACGGUCGAAUUUAAAGUCAAUGAACACCGCCAAUCGAAACAGAUUGCCCAGAUCACGAAGCAGAAUUCCCGAUCUGACCUCAGGCCAAAGAAAUCCUCGUCGCAACUCAACACUCCCGCUCCUCCCACACUCGCUCCUGCUCCUCCGGGUAGGCGUAAAUCACCAGCACCUCCACCAAUCAGCAUGAAGAACAGCAUGGGGUCUAUCCCACCAGCACUGAGUUCGGCAUCGUUGCAACCACCUAACAGCGCGGCAAGUUCGAGUUAUUCCGGUAUCCAGACAGCGCAGGACGUAUCCGGGUUGGGAUCUUCGAGGAUGUAUCGAAGUCGCACUCCAGUUUCAGCUGCGCAGACGCCAACGCACGAGAACCCUCCUGCCUCAGCGUCGAAUCCAAAAGAUGGGCCUGUGUCGCCUACACCAAUGAGGCAGGCGAAUUCUAGUGGCUCUGGGUCGUAUUUGAGGGAGAGGCCAGAGAGGGAGAGGCCGCCUAGGUCACUGAGAGCGAGUCCUGUGCCGAGGUCGGGUGCCAGUGGGACGGGGAGUCCUGCGCCUGUCCCACCUCCGCCGAGGUCUGUCCAUCGGCCUGGUAGUUCGGUGGGGAGACCUCCCCCUCGGGAGGGAAUGUUUUGAGCAGUAUAUUUAUUUUGGCCGAUUAUGGCUGCGUGAAUGUGGCAGACUUGUUUGAUCCUCGCUGACAUGAGAACGAGAGAAUUGUGCAUACAGGUAUCGACAAAACAAAGCAAAGCGAGAGAUAUAGAAAUGAAUUGCAGAUAUUAAUGC